AUGGCGGCAACAGAGGAUAACAGUCCGGAGCCCGCCAUCCGCUUCAAGCGGCGCAAGAUUGCUCACCCAAAACGAGUCCGCCUUGGUGACGAUGCUCCUACUAUUUCCACCUCUCAAUCCCCAGAAGUCCCGAUCGGCGGGGCAUCGCCGCUACAGACGCCUCACGAAGACGACGAGUCAGCGCCCAACUUGAAGGAGAUCCUACGUAACCGCAGGCGACCGCGCGACCGACUCCGAGAAACCGCGCGCAAAGCUGAGAUCACGAAAUCACAGGCGCUUGCGCAAGCGGAUGCGCCGAAGCAAGAUGUCUACUCGAACAGGUUUGUUGCGCAGACCGGCCAGGUCGUGGAUCGGGAUGAUAAGCAGAUGACCGAAUAUAUAGAAGCUCGCAUGGCUGAAAAGAACUAUCGCUUGUACGGUUGGCCCAUUCCAAGGCAUCUCGAAGCUUCCGUUGCGGCUCUUGCCCCUGAUCUCGAACCCGCCGCAUUCACAUCGGCCGCGCAGAGGAAGAAUGUAACACCCAUCAUCGAAGGGGGCGAGGAGAAGGGUGCGAGUGUGGGUGCCGAGCAGAGCAGCCGGCUGGCUGCCGGCAUGGGCAAGCUGCAAGAGGUUGACCUCGGCCCGGAUGCGACUACACGAAACGUCCAGCGAACAGAGGCCGCGUGGAAGCGAAUUGAAGGUGGACAACUGGAGGCGGAGCCCCCUGGGAAAGUGCGAUUGGGCAGAGACGGCAAGCCGCGACGACCCCCGAAGCGGAGGAAUAGUGAAGACAUCCGGCGAGACCAGAUGGUAGAGGCGGUACUUCGCGAGGCUAAAUUGGACUACUUCGAAGAAGAUAAGCCCUCAGAUUCUCCAAUACCUGGCGAGGCAAACAACGACGAUGCCAUGGUUGAGAGGUUCCGCCUGGAGUUCCUCGAAUCCGUCGAAUCGUCGCGCCAACAGCGGAAACCGCCCCAACCACCGGGCAUCAAAGGCGCAAAAGAAGCACCAAAAGGACCGAAACUUGGCGGAUCGAAAAGCGCGAGAGCAAAAAUGCGCUUGCAAGAAGAGCAGGCGGCGAAGAACAAGAGGUAA